GGGACUUGACGGAGUCGUAGGCGGGACGUGUGGAUUCUGGGGAAGUUGAUUUCCCCCCCUUAGCUGACGAUGGCAGAUUUGGCCGAGAAGAAAGAAAACAUGAAGAACUAUCACAUAGCGUCGGAGAAUAUUAACCCGCUGGCUGCUCGCUUCCCGCACUGUAUCGUGUGGACGCCCAUCCCCGUGUUGUCAUGGUUGUUUCCAUUUAUUGGGCACAUGGGCAUCUGCACUUCCUCCGGAGUCAUCCGCGACUUUGCCGGACCCUAUUUUGUCUCCGAGGACAACAUGGCUUUCGGGAAACCAACCAAGUACUGGAUGCUGGACGUGAGCAAAGUUUACGCCGGUGGCUUGAGCGCCUGGGACAUGGCCGUGCACGACGCUUCGGAGGAGUACAAGCACAGGAUGCACAACCUGUGUUGCGACAACUGCCACUCGCACGUGGCCAUGGCUCUCAACCUGAUGCGCUACGACAACAGCGCGUCGUGGAACAUGGUCAAGCUCUGCCUCCUGGUUCUCCUGCACGGAAAGCACGUCAGCUGCGCCGGGUUCCUGAAGACGUGGCUGCCCUUCCUCAUGCUGCUGGGCGUCAUCGUGACGGUGGUGCUCGCCAUCAACCUCCGGUGACCGCCCCCAGGGAAUGUUGGGGAACAACGCGAGGUCUCCCCCUCCCCCGUCAAAAAGACUGAAAAAACCUUUUCCCCACCGUUGCGGUGCCUUGCGGUAACCAGGAGCCGGCGGGUUGUGGAAUGCGAAGACCUGUGGUCCGCUGACAAAAGCUGGCGGUCGGUGGUGGGGGGGGGGGGCGCUAUCAAUAUACGCUUAGGCCCGUCCGCAGCCUUCCAAACUCUCUGAUCUCGAGAGCGGAACCGUAGACUAGCUCCAUGCAGAAAAACCCCUGCCAGGUACUGUCUGGACAAGAAUGUAUUUGUGAACAUGUAUAAACUAAUAAAGAUGUUUAUCAUUGUUGUAAAAA